CUUCUUCUCCCCUGCACCCGACAAGCCCCCCCAAGCCACCGACUUUCUUCCCCCUUGAGAAACCCGGUGGGAUCUUGAUGAAUUCUCUUCCUUUCUUGUUAAAUCAAAAGAUUUGAGGCUUAGAAUCUUCCCUCUCAACCCAGAAAAUCCCGGAUCUGCUCUGCUCUUCUCCCCUGUCCGCCGGCUGCUAUGUGGGUUUGAAUUUCUGGGCAUUUUUUGGUCCGUGAGUUUCCCCUGCAGAUGCCACCGGCUUCUUCUCCCUGCUAGGUUUGGUUCUUGCUGGAAAUUUUUGGUAUGAUGGCCUCUUCUUUAAGCCCUAAAUUAGCCAUUUAAUUGCUGCCUUGUGUGUGUCCGAAUUGUGCCAGAAAUGGGGAGGAAUUCCGGUAGCAUUUAGUAGCAUUUUAAAUGUGUUUUAAGCUUGAUUAAGUAGAAUUGAGCUUGAAUUAGCUGCUGUGAUGUUUUGUGUGAAAAUUCCGUGUGUGUGAAUUGUGAUUUGCCAAAGUUAUGCUCUCCCUGUGCUGCCGUGAGCAAUGGGAAAAUUUUGUGAAAUCUCGUGAAUUAGCUAGUGUUUUGGCCAAAUUGUGGAAGUCGGAGUACUGUUCACGUCGUGAUCACUGUUCAUGGGUACUGUUCAUAGGCACUGUUCACACACCGAGAGUCGACAAUUAAUGGGGAUUUAAAUGAUUAGUUUGUGAUAUAAGAACGAAUUUGGAGAUAUUUGAUCAUGUGGAGAUUUAUGGAAAUAGCCUUGUGAUUAGGAAUGAUCCUAAUGAUGAUUUCAGUGUGAAUUUGUGAUAGUGGUAUUAAUUCUUGGAAUAUUUUGAUUAGGUUCUUAAUCGUUUUGUCAGUUUAGUACGUGAAUUGAGUGCUCGGUUUUGCGGAGUGAGGUAAGUAAAAUUAUGGUAACGCCCUUCGACUUUUCAAGCAUGUUUUGAUUUGUUUUUGAAAUGGUGGCGGGACUAAACCUGUUUUACACAAGUAUGACUGAUUUGAAGUGAAAGGUUUUAUGCUUUUCAUUAAAUUGAGCAUGCCUACUUGAAAUUUAAGUGAUUGUCCUGAUGAUCUGAAAGUGAUUGUGAAUUGUGAUUUUCCUGCUAACUUCUGCCUGUUUUGUCUCUGAUAUGGUCAUGUUACUCGUGUGCCCGCCAGUGGGAGGUUUAUAAACGCUGGCCAUGACCUAUAGAGGAGACGUCUAUUUCGUGCCCGUACUGUAUCCGUUUUUCAUGAUUGCACAUGUUGGCAUGCUAUAAGUUUAAUUAAGGGCAAUCCAUAUUUUACUUACUGAGUUAUCUCACCUCAUUUUUCUCAUCCACCAUUUCAGGUAGUGUGCCCUGAGACUCGGAAAUCAAGGGGAGUGACGUGAUAAAAGGCUAGCCACUUGAGAUUUGACAUAGAUUUUAGAUACAUGUACACCACGCUCUUGUAAGUUAGAUUUUAAUUGGA